AUGCGGAUCAACACGACCACCCUUCUUCCGGAACUGAUGGAAGCCAACCUCUUCCCCGGGGUGACAUUCUGCGUUGAGAGUUGCGGAGGACCAGGCUGCGGAUGUUUCUACCUCAGAAGCGAAUGCCUUUUCUACCGCGUCUUCACGAAACCGGAAAGCGCCGAAAUCUUCGAGAUAUUCAGCUGCUCACGCUGGCGAGAGGAGGUCGUCCUCCACAUAACAGUGACAACGGAUAAGAAGACCACCGUGAACGAAACCAGGCAUCUCCGACCGACUAUACCAGUACAAACACCAACCAUGAAGUUCACACUCAGUUCGCUUACCGUACCACCCUCACCAGUGUUGCACACGACGUUCAUAGCCACAGGACAGGACGUAGCUCUGUGGUAUGAAAGUCAGCUGCCGCCACUACAGUGCACUUCGAACAGGGAGACCACAACGUCACUGAAAUCUUCACUGAUGUACCGGCGAAGACUUCCCAUACGAAGAUCAUGGAUUGCUUUCGAGAGUAUGGCCAACGGGCCCUACAAGAUGCUACAGUCCGCGGCAUCCGUGUCCAGUCUGUCCACGGCAGAACUUCUUCUGACCAUCAAGGAAGACUUCGAUACCACCGAGAAGGAAGUCACAGACACGAUAUGCACGAUCAAAGGAUUCCACUAUCCAUGGCUGUUAUCACUGGUGCAAGGGCGCAGUGGCAACCAUACUGUGUUACAGCGAAAAAGAGUAUACGAUGGCAUCGUAACCCGCGACGACGCCACCCGCCGUGUCAUCCAACAGGAAGCAAUCUCGUCGCUCCGAUUCAGCUUUUACACGAGCAUAGAUACGUCAGCAAUGCGUGACUACGUGUGGAACCACCAAAACGAUGUUCGAGCUCACUGGGAUUCUUUAUUGGACGCCGAACGUUACGUGCGACAGCAGAAAGGAGUGAUCGCUGGACAGAGCACGGUCUACGAGAAAUUCGUACUGGCCAGAUUUAGGACAUAUUCUGGACGUGUUCAUAUCCUGGUAGAAGUUUGGAAUCACGGUCGUGGUCAUUGCUCUUCUAGCAUAGCUAUUGGCUACGUUUUCCCUUGGAGCUCCGGACUACGAAUUGUGGUCCCACAUAAUAGUACUGUUGUGGAAGACGAUAUACCGUAG